CGUGCGUGUACGUGUGCGCUUGUGUGUGUGUGUCCUAUUCCCACACGCAUCAGCGCUGUUGUACAAUGUAUUUUGGUCUGCGUGGGUCGCCGUAGUGGGGAAGAUGGCGGCCAUGGCGCUGGUUAGCCGUCCUGCGGGUGUCCUUCCAAAGAUAUCAAGAAGCUGUUUGCCUGCUGUUGUCUCGGUCUCCAUAGUCCAGCAGAGGAAGCUGCACCAGGCUCUCAUCCCCAAAGGGAAAGGAGGACGGUCCUCCUCCAGUGGAAUAGCAGCCACUGUAUUUGGUGCCACUGGUUUCCUGGGUCGAUAUGUUGUCAACAGACUGGGUCGGAUUGGCUCACAGAUCGUAAUUCCUCAUCGCUGUGAUCAGUAUGACCUCAUGUAUUUAAAGCCCAUGGGGGAUCUUGGACAAAUCAUUUUCAUGGAGUGGGAUGCCAGGAACAAAGACUCAAUCAAAAAGGCUUUAGAGCACUCUAAUGUUGUCAUUAACCUAGUGGGCAGAGAGUGGGAGACAAGGAACUAUGGCUUUGAGGAUAUUUUCGUGAGCAUCCCUCAGCAUAUUGCAAAAGCGUCCAGAGAAGCUGGCGUCACAAAGUUGAUCCAUAUGUCUCACCUCAAUGCUGAUAUACGCAGCCAAUCCAAAUACCUGAGGAACAAGGCUGUAGGAGAGACAGUAGUGAGAGAGGAAUUUCCAGAUGCCAUCAUCAUGAAGCCGUCUGAGAUGUUUGGCCGAGAGGAUAGAUUCUUCAACUACUACGCAAACAUGCGCUGGUUUGCAGGCGGUAUUCCUCUUAUUGCUCUUGGCAAGAAGACAGUGAAGCAGCCAGUUCAUGUGGCGGAUGUUGCCAAGGCCAUCGUCAGUGCCGUGAGAGAUCCUGAUGCUAAUGGAAAGACCUAUGCAAUAGUGGGUCCUAACCGUUACGUCCUUCACGACCUGGUGGAGUACAUCUACGGUGUGGCACACAGACCCUUUUUGCCCUACCCUCUUCCUCGUCCUCUCUUUCACCUUGUUUCUAAGUGUUUCGGAUUGAGCCCAUUUGAGCCCUGGACAACUCCAGAUAAAGUCGACAGGUUUCACAUGACAGACAUGAAGUACCCAGGACUUCCUGGUUUGGAGGACCUCGGUAUCACUCCUUCCACUGUAGAACAAAAGGCAAUCGAGAUUCUGCGUCGCCACCGCCGAUAUCGUUACCUGGAAACAGACUUGGCUGAGACACAGCCAGCCAAGACUGUCAACUAUUAAACUGUCUGAUGAGAAAUCUAACAUGACAGUGCAGCCAGAGGAUGUCUGUUGUCUUUAAAUAUAUGCUGUACAUAAAUAAAGAAAUGUAACCUGUG